CCAAACGGCAGCCUGAAUACACACACACGCACACACACACACACACUCACACAGACAAGCUCACCCACAGCAGGAGCGAGGACGUAAAAAAGAGUGAGUUGCAAGAGAGACGCGAAGAAAAUCCUCAGCGAGCAUCUCUUCUCUCAGUCUCCUGGUUGUUUGGCAUCCCUGAUAUGACCCUGUUCAGCCCCAGAUACAUGACCAUGAGUGGAGAGUUGAAGUCCAGCCGCUCCAGGGCAGCGAGCAAGAGGGCCAGCAACACCACUUACGGAUCUGAGUUAGACCUGGACUAUGACAGCUACCACGAGGACUACUAUGACAGGGUGUAUGACUACCAGCGUGUGCCAGCGUCCCUGUCUCCCCUGCCUCCCCUGGGACCCAGUCUGGCCAAGCGUUCCCGUUCCUCCUCUUACUCCAGUGGCCACAGACGCAGCCGAGACAGAACCCACUCCAAAAGCUCCAGAGCCCACUCUACUAGUUCAUCCGCAGCCAAGUUGGGCAUGGAGGAGUUGCAGGUGAUUAAAAAGGAGCUGACUCUGAUAAAGACACAGAUCGAUGGGCUGCUUGACAGUCUUGACAGGAUGGACACACAGAGGAAUGACCACAAAGGGUCUCCCCUGAGAGAGGACAGUUCUGCUGGCUCGCCGUACGCUCUGUCUGCCAGCAGCCCCGAGCAUUCCCUCUCCUCCCUCUCUCCACCCAGCUCCCGCCAUCGAAUCCACAGGGAGAGCCCCGACCUGAGGGAGCCUGAGGACGACCACCACACGAUGAGCAAUCACAGCUCUGACCCUGAGGAGGAAAUAUGAGGGAGGAACAUGAGAGGGUGUAGACGAUGUGGAUUACGUGCCAAACAUGGAGGAAGAGAACAACCACCGCCACCAAGUCAACACCUAUAUCAGAGGCUCAACACAAUGCAUUUAAUUGUAUCACAGCGAUCACUCUUUUUAGUGGAACAAAAUCACUGACACCCGUGACGCGCACACCAAGAAUGUGCACAUGGUUGAGGAGAAUUUGUUUUGUCGGACUCUGAGAGAGAGAGGGGUCUUAUUCUGAGAGUAAUUAGAAAGGACACCUGGAAGCAUGGUGGUAAAUUAAACUUUUUAUAAUCCUGCCUAAGCAGUGGGUUUGCAUGAACACAAAUAUUCCAGUAUUAAUCCACAUACUGCUGUAUUAACCCAAAUGAGACAACAGAGCUCUCUGAUUAAAACAUCAUGUAAGCAGCUUACCAGUUUAUCUUUUUCAAAUUAAAAGCCUCCCACUGAAACAGGCAGCAUAUGUCAGUAUCAGACAAUACAUGCAGUAAUCAUUUAUGUUUAGCUGGAGGUGCUAUAAUGUCUCUGCUUCUUCACCAGUUUUACUCCCAAGAAAGACACGGCAAAGGGAAACAACAUUCAAGGAAAUGUUGGAUUUCUGUUUAUCAGGAGUCUUUAAAGGAGAAUGUUUUAGGAUAUUACCAGAAUUUUAGUUUGAAACAGUCCAAAAUGAACUAACACCAUCAACAGAUUGUGAAGAAAUGACAGCGUUGAUGUGUCAAAGACAUGUACUGUAUGUACUGUGUUGCAGAGAUGUCUACUGAAGUUAGCAUGCUAACCACCUAGCCCACCUUGUCUCAUAAUACCACUUUGCAUCGGCAAGAGGUGACAGUCUGAUAGUCUGAUAGCGCCCCGUAGUUCUAGCAUCAUAAAUGAGCAAAAUGAACUCACAAAAUGUCAUAAAAACAAAUUCUCUAACUUCUGUUUUCCUCACUAAACAGAAAAGUACAACUGUACACUUUCUGAAUUCACAUUCUUCUCUUUUGAGAGAACGAAGACAAGCUUUAUGGCCCCAUUACUCAUAAAAAAAAGUUCAUAAAAGUUCUACUGUCGCCUCUGGGGAAGUCGAAAUAAAUCCCAGCCUGCCAUUCCUUGUUAUCCCAGAAGUCAUAGUCUUGGUCAGAGCCACUGUAAAUCAUUUCUGCACGUAUCCUCUGUUGGUGGAGGUAGUCCCAAUUUGGUGUCCAGCUCACAUCAGGUGGCCAAAUCCAGCUGAGCUGGAUCCCAUUGCACUUGGUGACUCCCUCUUGAUCCAAGAUACGUUCCGAACCAACUAUAGGCUCCACGGCUAACUGAGCCAUGAGCUAAUUAUUGUAGCUAGCUACAGCCAAGGAGAGCUAGCAAAGAGCAGGAGUUGUUGGUUACUCUGGUGAGAUGCUGCCACCUAUGUUUUUGGACUACCUUCAAAUUCUGGCAAUAUUCUACAAAUUACACCUUUAAGAUAGCAUGGGCGGUGUGAAACACUUACCUAAAUAUUGUUAGCAUUUCAGAAUACGGCUAUAACUGGAAUAUUGUGUGCAUGCACUAUUAAAGUAAACCCCUCUGUGGAUCUCAGAGUAUUUUGGAGAACUCUGAAAGCUGUCAAAUUUGAUCCUUCAGGAGGCCUUUUUAUCAACUCUUGCCUCAUUUUAUUAUAUACUUCCAAGAUAACAGUACUUCAAAUGAAAUCACAGUGAUCCCUGAGAGCCUGAACGGUCAAACUGCAGAUUCAGAAGAGAAGCAACUUGUUUUCAUCGGUGUGUCAUAUCUCAGAGUGUGACUCUCUGAAAGAAAUAUUCUACAUAUGACCUUGUUCUGUCACACCAAGUGUUUCCUCGGCUCUAAAUGUGUUAGGGGAAAGUUCAACUCUCUUCCACCAUGUAUUUGGCACUCUGAGACAUGCAAAGGCCCAGGUCAGUGUGUAAUAAUGUGUAUUAUUGUAAACUUUACUGUACUUGUUGAACUGUCUGACUUUAUUCUUGCUUUAGGACUACUCAUGUGUUUUUUAAAGAAAACAAUGAUGUUAUUAUGAUUCUUAUGGUGUUAAAUGUUUUUGUUUGCAUUCUUAAGAUAAGCCAAGUGGAAAUACUCAUUGUCACAGUAGUAAAAGUAUUUUCAUAUUGAGUAUAAAUACAGUUCGUGUGAGUGU